GGAGGCGUGUUAGCACAGGAAAGAGAAGCGGCAAUGAAUUGACCCGACUACGCUAGCAUUUAUACCUUAACUGAACUUAUGUACAGUGUAACGUUAGUGAUUAAAACUCCACAGAUUCGUGAGUACGUUUACGCGUCAAGAUAUAACGUCAAUUAGUUUGUCACACAUGUACCUUAAUCAUGUAGGUAGCUAGCUGAACAACUUAAAGGAUGCGCAACUCAUCUAAAACCGAGAUUGGUAACCGUAGCCAGAAGCAGUAACAUGUUUGCGGCAUGGAAAGCCUUAGGGGUGAUUGACACUUUGUAGCUCACUUAGGUUACCAGGUACCGUUGAAAUUGUACUAACUUACCUAGCUGGGUAGAUGAUGUUUGUCUAGUGGGGUAACUAAAGCUAACGUUAUACGAUUACACAAUAUUAACUACACUAGGGUCAUUUAACGUUGGAAUAAAGUCUCGUGGGGUAAUGGUUCUCAGCCUUUUUGCUCCCAAGACCCCCCAUAUCCACGGAAAUAUUGGCGCAUAAAAGUGGAGCGAUUCUUUCGUUCAUUCAGAAUACUACCGGAUUUGUUUUUUUUGGCAUCAGGCCUUCCUAUUUUACCGAAAUUCACAGACCACAGGUGUGAGUAGGUGGUUUACCUGGGAACGAACAUGCGCCUGUCACAGUGGAUUUACAGAUGCGCCCGCUACACUGGAGAUGCUAUCCUGAGGUCGGGUGUAGUUGGACGUCCACAGCGGCGGUUCUACCGCUGUUCCGUGACGCUGUUGAGCUCGGACGACGACGGCUCUGAGCUGGCGAAGGGUCGGGGGCGCGGCGUCCCGGGCCCCGGCAGCGCCCGCGUCGCGCCUCCCGGAAAGCCGUUCGGGCCAGGCGGCGGGAAGGCCGCUAAGCGGCGUCCCGCGAAGCCAGAAAACCAGGCGAAGCAGGCGGGCUCAGAGCCGGGGCUCAGGCCCAAAAGCAGGCUCUCGCUCGACCUCCAGAGGCUGAGCCAGGACGACCUCGCGGAGGCGGAGCCUGAGGCCGACGGAGGACAGGCCGGGGUCCGCCGGAGGACGGAGGUGCUCUUCGGCGCGGCGCCCUGCCUGCUCGCUCUCGCCGGGGGCCGCCGGGUGAUGCACCGGCUGUUUGUGAAAGGAAACGGCGCCCCCCAGAGGCCGGCCCUGCAGCAGGCCAGCGAGGAGGCCCGCAGGCGGAUGGUGCCGAUCCAGCCGGCCAGCAGGAAGGAGCUGGACGGGCUGUGCUCAGGACGGGUCCACCAGGGCCUGUGCCUGGAGGCCUCUCCUCUGGAAUACCUCACAGACGAGGGACACGCAGGGGCAGCUGGGGACCACAAAGAGCCCCCUCUCUGGCUGGUCCUGGAAGGGGUCCAGGACCCCAUGAAUCUGGGUGCUAUUCUGCGCUCUGCGUACUUCCUAGGGGUGGACAGGAUUGUUAGCAGCAUCCACAACAGCUGUCCUUUGACACCAGUCGUGAGCAAAGCCAGUUCAGGUGUGAUGGAGAUUGUGGAAGUGUAUGGCUACGAGAACCUGGCUGACAUGCUGAAGUCGAAGGUGGGCCAAGGCUGGCAGGUUAUCGGCACGGUGGGGGCUGCGGAGGUGGGCGUGGACGUGCCUGUCCAUCACUGCUCUGAUUUCGUGCUGACCACGCCCACGCUGUUGCUGAUAGGCGGGGAGGGUCCCGGCCUGUCCCCUGACCUUCGGCGGCUUUGCCACGCCCUGCUCACCAUCCCGCCCCGCCGCGAGCUGCACCCGGCCGUCGAGUCCCUCAACGUCUCCGUAGCGACAGGCAUCCUGGUGCACUCGCUGCUGUCGUCGCGGACGAAAGGGCGUCGAUGACCGCGGCGGGGUGUUUGUUUUGGACGAGCUCCCGGGCCCCUCAGUACAGUGCUUAGAACGGAUUACGACAUCAAUUAGCCGUCGGCGCGCCGCGGGGCCGCGGAUUGAUUGGGUAUGCUAAUGCGGACGGGGCGGCGGGUUUGGCGGGUUUUGGCCGAGCGGGCGAGGUGGCGCGGCGCGAGGCGGAGGCCGCUCUCUCGGGUCGCUGAGCGGCAGCCGCCACGCCGCCUCGGAACGCUGGUCUCCCCGGCAACUGCAGGGGGGGGGGGGCGGCGAUGACGUCACGGCUCUCGGGCUCUGGAAACCGCACGCGGGCGAAACGGGCGAACUGGAACAUGGCCGCCGCUUGCGCCACGUACGCAUCCCUUCUGCGUACGUAUCCCUGCUGCGUAUGUACCCCUUCUGCAUAUGUACCCCUUCUGCGUAUGUACCCCUUCUGCAUACAUAUCCCUUCUGCGUACGUGUCCCUUCUGCGUACGUACCCCUUCUGCGUACGUACCCCUUCUGCAUACGUAUCCCUUCUGCGUACAUAUCCCUUCUGCGUACGUACCCCUUCUGCAUACGUACCCCUUCUGCAUACGUAUCCCUUCUGCGCACGUACCCCUUCUGAAGGAGGCACUUGUGGUUUCGGAGCUGCCCGUAAUGUUGCUCACAGAAAUGGAGAGCGGGGGACUGUAAAACUGCGCUCGUUUCGUAGGACUGAUUGGUUCCUCGUAUGCAGAGCCUGCUGUGGCUGCAGUUAAGCUGUGCCUCGUCUCCAGCAGGCUCUGCAUCAUGCCUUACAGCAGCUUUAUGGCUCUGCCUCUGCCCGCACUGUGUCUCUGCUGGGCUGUAGCUGGGGCCUCUUCCCUCUGUGUGUGUGUGUGUGUGUGUGUGUGUGUGUGUGUGUGUGUGUGAGUGUGUGUGUGUGUGAGAGUGUUCGUGUGUUUGUGUGUGUUUGUGCAUUGGGCUACAGCCACCGUAUGAAAUGUGCUAUAUAAAUAAAGAUUGAUUGAUUGAUUGAUUGUGUGUUUGUGUGUAUGUGUAUGUGUGUGUGUGUGUGUGUGUCUGUGUGUAAGCAAGGGUGCAUAUGUGUGUCUGUGCAAGUGUGGGCGUUUGUGUGCACGUGCAAAUAUGUAUGUUUCUAUGUCACAAACACACACCUGUGCACAUGCGUGGGUGUGGUGGAUGCGUGUUUGCGUGCAUGCGCGCGUGUGUUUGCAUGCAUGUGCACGUGUGUACAGUAACUGCACAUGUAAGAAGCAGGCAUUGCACUCCCAGGCCAGUGACGGUUGGGAAGUGGGGCACGCUGGCGCUACGACGGCAGCGGUGGACGUGAGCAGAACGGAUGUGAUAAAGGGAAAGCCAAAAGGCAGAUCUGUCCUGCCCCCCUCUGUGUAACAGUAUCCCCCCCCCCCCCCAAUGUGAUGGAACCAAUCAGCUAAUGGAAUCAUCCUAAGGGUCUUGUUACUUCCACAGGUGCAAUUAACCUCCACAUCUGCUAAUCUGUGAUUAACGAGCUUUACAAAUGUGCUAAAACUUGCUAACGAACUCCAGGAUGAGAUCUAUCGCUUCUCAUCUCCCUCCUCCUCCUGCUCCUCCUCCUACCUCUUCCCCUGCCUGAGAGGCCCUCGAGCAACACACACACACACACACAUGCGCACACGCACACACACACCAGCCUGGACCCACUCCUCUCUCCCCCCCGUGUUAAUUAGCAGAGGUACUUAAUUUUUCGUAAUUAAGAAUGAGGGAGAAAGAUGGAGGAAGGACACCAAGGGCCAGGUUGGGUGUUGGUGCUGCCAGGUCGAUAUGAAGACGGCCAGUUCAGCAGCUGACCAUUCUACCCCGAUCCCAGUAUACAGGCAUCUCAUUGUGACGGGCGCUGGUUUGUUCUGAUAAGAGACAGGACUGACAGCUGUGGCAAUGUAGUGUUUGUUGUCUGUCCUCCUCCUGACCAGACCAUUUCAGCCAUCUUCCUGUUUUUUUUUUUUUUUCUUCCUUCUCCACUGGAUCCAUCUCUGUCCCUUGGCAUGGGUGAGGUGAGGUUGGUGUUCGCUUAGUGGUCCCUACAUCACUGCUGCAAGUAGUAGUCGCGCUGGAGCAGAAGUUCUUCCUCUUAUUUGUGCUCUGCUGUUUCAUUAAUACUGACUAUACACUGUAAAAAAAGAGAACUUUGUUGUAUAAUAAAUUGCUUUGCAAUCUGUGCUGAUAUCAAA